GUCAAAGCAAAGACUUGGAUAAAAGCCUGGUUAUGUGGGAACUAGGAACUGAUCCCAGACCGGUGUCUUCAAGGGGACCCCCACCCCUGCUCCCAACAGAAGACGUUGGGUGCCUGCGUGUGCGGUCACAUCGGAAGAAAGGCAGGCAAUGAACUAAGAUGCAAAUAAUGCUGUUUUCGGAAUGGGACAGCACAGGCAAUUUUCAUCGGCUGCCUUAUGAUUUGCCAUGCAGCACGGGGAAAAGGCAUGGAUCAGCAUUCCAAAAAUUACCAGUUCACACAUUUGUCCCUCCAUAGGCAAGAGCCCACUCCCUGCCGGUGGGACCACGGCUGCAGGCCGCCCACGUGACCGUCGGGAAGAUGAGCGCCUGCGGGAGGAAGGCGCUGACCCUGCUGAGCAGCGUCUUUGCCGUCUGCGGCCUGGGCCUCCUGGGCAUCGCCGUCAGCACCGACUACUGGCUGUACCUGGAGGAGGGCGUGAUCCUGCCCCAGAACCAGAGCACGGAGAUCAAGAUGUCCCUGCACUCGGGCCUAUGGCGUGUGUGCUUCCUCGCUGGUGAGGAGCGUGGACGCUGCUUCACCAUAGAGUAUGUGAUGCCCAUGAACACCCAGCUGACGUCCGAGUCCACGGUCAACGUUCUGAAAAUGAUCCGCUCGGCCACGCCAUUCCCGCUGGUCAGUCUCUUCUUCAUGUUCAUUGGGUUUAUCCUGAGCAACAUCGGACACAUCCGUCCCCACAGGACCAUACUGGCCUUUGUCUCCGGCAUCUUCUUCAUCCUUUCAGGCCUCUCUCUUGUGGUGGGCCUGGUGCUCUACAUCUCCAGCAUCAAUGACGAGAUGCUCAACAGGACCAAGGACGCAGAGACCUAUUUCAGCUACAAGUACGGCUGGUCGUUUGCCUUCGCUGCCAUCUCCUUCCUUUUAACAGAGAGUGCGGGGGUGAUGUCCGUGUACCUGUUCAUGAAGAGGUACACCGCCGAGGACAUGUACCGGCCCCACCCCGGCUUCUACCGCCCACGGCUGAGCAACUGCUCCGAUUACUCCGGCCAGUUCCUGCACCCCGACGCCUGGGUGCGGGGCCGCAGCCCCUCCGACAUCUCCAGCGAUGCCUCCCUGCAGAUGAACAGCAACUACCCAGCCUUGCUCAAGUGCCCCGACUACGACCAGAUGUCAUCCUCCCCCUGCUGAGCCUCACGGCCUCCCUCUGGGACUGCGGACAGCCAAUCAGCCUCUCCUAUGCUCCCCUGCUCGCCCGUGAGCCCCUGGCCCGUGGUUGACAGGCAGGGGCUGCCCCCAUACUUAGCUGUUGUCACUUGAUCCAUGUUUUCUCCCUGCUCCCCCCAGAGUAUCUCUGACUGCCCCACCGUGGCGUCAGGAGUCUGGAGCCAGCGGGCAAGCGGAUUGGCUGAGAGCGUGGUGUAGCCCCACCUCUUGAGUGCCAGUCACCCCGGCUGCUCUCCCCUUUCCUGGGACAGGUAGGUGUCGCAGCUGGGUGUUCAUCCCUGAGCAUCCAACUUCACGGCCCAGGCCAAGGCCAGCUCCAAGAUGCCAAGUUCCUUCCACAGACCCAGCUGGACUUGUGUACUUGCCGACUGGCCUGGCCCUCACAUUCAUGAUCUGGCCCAUUAUGGGGACAAAAGGUGACUCCUACGGAGGUCCAGCUGGUUCCACGUUGUUAAGCAGUGUUCCUUGUGAAAUCUUUCAUUCUUUUUAUCACCCAUAUCCCUCCAUACCACACACCUGUCUGUGCUCUCCACUUCCCACCCCUGCCCCGCAGGCUGUGACUCUCUCCCCUUCUGCUACCAGAACUCAGCUGCCCCACCUGGGUCCCCAAGGGGCUAAGGGCACUCUGAGGCCACUCUGAUGAAGUCACAAGAGGUGUUAAUGGCUGAUGAUGUCUUAAUAUAUAUGGCCCCUCCAUAACAUACUUCACAGGGGUCUUUAAUGCCUUAACCCAAGGAAGUGACUCUGAUCAUGAGAAUUUCAGAAUUUUGUUUGUCCAAGUUAAUAUUCCCAGGCACCGUUUCAUGCCCUGGGGAUACUGUCCCUGCUCACAUGGGCUAUCUUUCUGGUCCAAGACCCUAAAAUCUAAUCAUGCAGACAGAUGUCUGUACCACCUCAGCAGAAGGCAGCUUUCAAGAAGGCUGCAUGGGACUUGGAGCUGGAUUUGCUGACAUCUGGUGCAUUUUGAGUCUGAACAAGCCAGACUGGGAAUGAUCCGGCGGCUCUCCUGAGGAUGCCCGUGAACAUUGGGGGUGGGGGUUGCCAAUCUAAUCCUAAUACAGGGCCGCAUCUGCUUCCCAGGUAUGGGACAUAUGUAGGUAAAUAGAUGCCCCAGGAGAUGAGGCAGCCUGAUGCCCAUUUUCCUGGUAGAAAACCUGAA